AUGCCUUAUACUUGGAAGUUUUUAGGAAUCAGCAAGCAACUUUCACUGGAAAAUGGUAUAGCAAAGUUGAACCAAUUGCUAAACCUGGAAGUAGAUUUAGACAUUCAAACCAUUCGAGUACCCAGUGAUCCUGAUGGUGGUACCGCCGCUGACGAGUAUAUCCGUUACGAAAUGAGGUUGGACAUCUCUAAUUUAGAUGAGGGCACUUACUCUAAGUUCAUUUUCUUGGGGAACUCAAAAAUGGAGGUGCCGAUGUUUUUGUGCUAUUGCGGGACAGAUAACCGCAAUGAAGUGGUAUUGCAGUGGCUGAAGGCAGAGUACGGUGUCAUUAUGUGGCCGAUAAAAUUUGAACAGAAGACCAUGAUAAAGUUAGCUGACGCCAGCAUUGUGCACGUAACGAAAGAGAACAUCGAACAAAUUACCUGGUUUAGCUCAAAGUUAUAUUUUGAACCAGAAACACAAGACAAAAACUUGCGGCAAUUCAGUAUAGAAAUACCGAGAGAAAGCUGUGAGGGUUUGGCUCUUGGCUAUGGUAAUACUAUGCACCCGUAUAACGAUGCAAUUGUACCCUACAUUUAUAAUGAAACGGGGAUGGCGGUGGAAAGAUUACCGUUGACUUCCGUCAUAUUGGCAGGGCACACGAAAAUAAUGAGAGAAUCCAUUGUCACUUCAACACGAAGUCUCAGGAACAGAGUUCUAGCAGUUGUACUCCAAUCGAUUCAGUUUACCAGCGAGUAA